AUGGCAAAAUUAUAUUUUUACUACUCAGCAAUGAAUGCUGGAAAAUCUACACUUCUUCUACAGUCCUCUUUCAACUACCAAGAAAGAGGAAUGAGAACUGUUCUUUUUACAUUUGCUGAUGAUCAUCGAUUUAAAAAAGGAUCAAUUUGCUCCAGAAUUGGUCUCUCAGAGAAUUCUCAUACAUACAAUUCCACUACAAAUAUUUUUGAUGUCAUAAACAAAGAACACAAUGAAAAAAAAGUUGACUGUGCCUUAAUAGACGAAAGUCAGUUCCUAACUAAACUACAAGUGAGAGAAAUAUGCAUGGUAGUUGAUAAACUAAAUAUCCCAGUAUUAUGCUAUGGUUUGAGAACUGAUUUCCGAGGAGAAUUGUUCACUGGAAGUAAAUAUUUACUAGCAUGGGCCGAUAAACUAAGUGAAAUCAAAACAAUCUGUCACUGCAGCAAAAAAGCAACUAUGACUCUCAGAGUAGAUAAAGAUGGAAAUCCCCUUCAUACAGGUGAACAAAUUCUUAUUGGUGACAAUUCCAUGUACACCUCUGUCUGUAGAAAACACCAUAUUAUUUGUGACGAAAAUUAUUGCCUUUAA